AACCGCGCCGCGGAGGUGACACGCGCACAGGAAGGGAGGGGGGAGCGUGUGAAGGCGCUGCAGAGCGCGCGCGCAGCGACUCACGCGGCGGCAGAAGGACCGGAUCGGGACGCAGAGCGGCCGCGCGACAUGUCUGUGAUGGGGAGGGUGGCUCUGGUGACCGGGGGGGCGCAGGGCAUCGGCAGGGCGGUGGUGGAGGCGCUCCUGAGGAGCGGCGCGAAGGUCUCCGUGGUGGACAUCAACCAGAGCUGUGGCGACGUCUGCAAGUCCGAACUGGACGCCGAGUUCGGAGGCGACAACUGCGCCUUCAUCCAGUGUGACGUCACCGACGGACACGCUCUGAGAGACGCCUUCCAGAAGACCGUGGAGCUGUUUGGACGUCUGGACAUCGUCAUCAACAACGCCGGCAUCAACAACGAGAAGAACUGGGAGAAGACCAUCGACGUCAACCUGACCUCGCUGAUCAAGGGAACCUACCUGGGCCUGGAGCACAUGAGCCGGGAGCACGGCAAGCGGGGGGGGACCAUCGUCAACGUGUCCUCCAUGGCAGCCUUCUUGCACUCGCCUCACCAGCCGGUUUACACCGCCACCAAGCACGGCGUCAUCGGCUUCACCCGCGCGAUGGCGGACGCGUCCAUCCUGGGGAACUACGGCGUUCGCAUCAACGCGCUGUGCCCCGCCUUCGUGGACACGCCCCUGCUACAGUCGGUGGAGGACGAGGACAACAUGGGCAAGUUCAUCAAGUUCAAGGAGGACUUCAAACGCAGCAUGGACAAGUUUGGAGUUCUGCAGCCGUCGCUGAUCGCCGAGGGGAUGAUGACGCUGAUCACCGACCCCUCGCUGAACGGAGCCGUGAUGAAGAUCACCUGCUCCAAAGGAAUCCACUUCCACACCUACGAGCCCAUGUCCACCUGAGCCCCGACCAGGACACCUCCUCCUCCUGCAGGAGGACCAGACAGACCUGGGAGGAGCACGAGCGUCGCUCCUCGGAGCUUCCUGCUCUAGAACGUUCUGCUGCGGCUUCAUGCGACCGAUAGUCCAAAUUGUGACGGAACCAGAGUUUAGGGAUGAACGGACGUUCUCACCAACGGUUCUGCUCCGGAAAGGCUGGAGGACCUGAAGCUGUGGACGGGAGAGUUAUCGCCGCCACUUUGACGUUUUUACCGUUUCCGACAUUUGGAACAAAAUCAGGUUCUAAGCAAAAACCAAAACGUUCUCCUGUUUCAGGUUCUCUGGUUUUCAUGACUCCAAGUCCAGAAAAGUAAAGAAUCUGUAAACUCUGA